AUGUCAAUUGAAAACAUCAACAAUUUAACUCAAGAAUCCGUUAUCGUCUGGUUAGAUAGUACUAUUGAAAAAACCAAAGAUAAUCAAGAUACAAAAGCACUCUUGCGACAAUUGGUUAGAGGUCGCUUAUUUACAUUUGAUGAUCCGAAUCAAUGUAUUGAACAUAUAAAGACUGAACUGAUAAGAAAACGAGUAUUUCUUAUUGUUUCAAAUGCAUUUGGUCAAAAUGUUAUACCACUUAUCUAUGAAUUACCAUAUAUACAAGCAAUAUACAUAUAUUGUGGCAAUCGAAAAGUGGCAGAAUCAUGGACAAAACCAGAAUUUAAAAUCUCUGGUAUAUUCAUAAAAAAACAACCACUAUUACAUCAAAUUUGUAAUGAUGUUGUUAAUGUUUGUGAUCCAGAUGAUGAUUUACCGAUGAGUAUAUUUCAUCUUGCAGAACGAGAAAAUACAUUACAAAAAUUAAGUGAUGAAAGUGCAGAAUUUAUGUGGUAUCGAUCUCUAUUGAUGGUACUUCGAUUAAUGGCAAAAUAUGGUAAUUCAAAAACUGAAAUGAUUGCUGAAUGUCGAGCAAAAUAUCAUGAUAAUGAACUUGAAAAGAAGAAAAUAGAUGAUUUUGAACAAAACUAUUGUCCAAAAAGAGCAUUUUGGUGGUAUACUUGUGACAAUUUUGUAUAUCGAUUAUUAAACAAAGCUCUACGUACACAAGACAUUGAAAUUAUAUUUAAAUUUCGAUUUUUUAUCAAUGAUCUUCAUAAUCAAAUCGAACAACUUUAUCAUCAAUAUUUAGAUACUCAUGCUUCUAUUAUUAAUCAUCAUCAUUUAAGAGUUUAUCGUGGUCAACUUUUAAGUCUAACAGAACUUAAUGUACUUAAACUUAGUGUAAAUGAACUUAUUUCAAUGAAUAGUUUUUUAAGUACAACAUUGAAUCAAGAGUUAGCUAAAAUUUUUGCUGGUACAAAUGAUCAAUCGAAUGAACCAUCAUCAUUACAAUCUGUUCUUUUCAUAAUUGAUAUUUAUAAUAUGAGCAAAGAAACGACACCAUUUGCAAUGCUUAAAAAUCAUUCAUGGUGUCUAGAUGAAGAAGAUGAAGUAUUGUUUACAAUAAGUGCUAUUUUUAAAGUUGAAUCAGUUGAACAACAUGAAAACAGAUGGCAUGUCCAUUUACAAUUAAGUGAAGAACAAAAUAAACUUAGUCAAAAACUUUCCAAUCAUAUGAUGAAAGAAAUUGGAUCAGCACCAGAUCCAUUAUCAUUCGGUUGGCUUCUUUUUCGAAUGAAUAAAUUUAACAAAGCUGAACGUUAUGUGAAAUAUAUACUGACACAACUUCCAUCGAAUACUAAAGAAAUAGGAGAUGCUUACAACUUACUUGGUCUUAUUUAUAAAGAUACUCAUCAACUAGAACAAUCUGUUGAAUGUUAUGAAAAAGCACUUGAUAUUUAUUCUCAAUUGAAUUAUCACAAUAGUCCUCAAGUUAUAGCUACUCAUUGUAAUCUUGGUUUAGCUUAUUUGGCAUUAGAAAAUAGUCGAAAUGCAGAAGAACAACAAAGACAAGCCGAAGAAAAGUUGUUUAACUUCUCAGAAUCAAAGAAUUCAUUACUCAUAGCUAUAGUGAAAAAUCUCAAAGCAAAAAUUCUAACAGAAUAUGGUGAUAAUACAAAUGCUUUGAAAAAUCUUCGACUGGUUUUAAAAAGUAAACUGGAACAACUACCAUUAGUUCAUUCUUCAGUAGCAUCAACAUUGAAUGCAAUAGGUAUUGUGCAUGAAAAUAUGAACAAUAAUGUAAAAGCAUUUAAAUAUUUUCAACUAGCAUUAAAUAUUGGAAUGAAAACCUUAUCAUCCGAUCACUUGGAUUUAGUUGACUAUCAUACAAAUGUUGGUCGUAUUUAUUAUAAACAGACACAAUAUGAACUUGCUUUACAACAAUUUGAAUUAGCACUAAAAAUUAUGGAUGAUUACCCAAGAGACGAUCUUGAUAGAAUUUUCACAUUACAGAACUGUAUCACUGAGGCAAAAGAAAAAUUACAAUAG